AUGCUGCAGAGCGUGAAUUUGAAGAGUGGGAAUUUGAUUACUGCUUGGAUUGAUUACAUGAAUGGGAAGAAGAAGUUGGACAUUUUCUUGAGCUAUUCAAGUUUCAAGCCUGAAAAGCCAUUGUUGACUGUAAAUAUUGAUCUUUCUCGUUAUCUAAACGAAUUUAUGUAUGUAGGUUUUUCAGCUUCUACAGAGGGAAGCACAGAGUUGCACUACAUUGAGAAUUGGAGUUUCCAAACUAUGGGAUUUCACCCUGUGAGACCAAGAAUUCAUCCUCACAAUGUAUCUGAUAGCUCCGUGCCACAUACACCACCAACUCCGGUUUCGAAUUCGGGCAAUAAACACCACGAGAGGAUCAGAUUGGGCCUCGGGAUUGGCUUUCCAGCCUUUUUUUGCUCUGUUCUUGUGGUAUUUGGUUGGAUAUCUGUCAAGAAAUGGAGGGACAGCAGAACGGAAAAAAGCUUGAAGGCAGAACUUGUCACUGGGCCGAGGCAGUAUAGUUACAAAGAGAUAAAAUCAGCCACGAGAGGGUUUCAUUCAAGCAGGAUUGUUGGGCAUGGAGCCUUUGGCACUGUUUAUAAGGCCUUUUUCACGGAAUUGGGUACCACUUCUGCUGUCAAAAGAUCCAAGCAUGCCCACGAGGGUAAAACCGAAUUCCUUGCUGAAUUAUCAAUUAUAGCUUGUUUGAGGCACAAAAAUUUAGUUCCUCUCCAGGGUUGGUGUGUUGAAAAGGGUGAAUUGCUGCUUGUUUAUGAGUUCAUGCCUCAUGGGAGUCUUGAUAGUCUGCUUUACGCAGACUCUGAAAAUGGGAAUCCACUGCAAUGGUCGUAUAGAUAUAAUAUUGCUGUUGGACUGGCCUCUGUUCUUACAUAUUUGCAUCAAGAAUGUGAACAGCAGGUGAUUCAUAGGGACGUAAAGACCAGUAAUAUAAUGCUGGAUGCAAAUUACAAUGCAAGGUUAGGGGAUUUCGGAUUAGCAAGGAUAAUGGAUCAUGGGAAGAGCCCGGUUUCAACUCUUACGGCAGGAACAAUGGGAUAUCUUGCUCCAGAAUACCUUCAGUAUGGGAAAGCAACUGAGAAAACUGAUGUUUUUAGCUAUGGCGUUGUUAUUCUUGAACUAGCCAGCGGGAGAAGGCCGAUUGAGAGGGAAACAGAAAGUCAUAAAAUGGUGAAUUUAGUGGAUUGGGUAUGGAUGCUACAUUCAGAAGGAAAGAUAAUUGAAGCAGCUGAUAAAAACAUGAAUGGUGAAUACGACAAAAAAGAGAUGAAAAAGCUGCUGCUUGUAGGCCUGAGCUGCGCCAAUCCGGAUAGCAUGGAAAGGCCACCAAUGAGGGGAGUUCUUCAGAUUCUCAACAAUGAAGCAGAGCCUAUGGUAGUGCCAAAGGCGAAGCCGACUCUUACUUUCUCAAACAGUCUUCCUCUAAGUAUCGAUGACAUUGUUUUAGAUUGUGAAGACAGUGUGAUGCCUGAAUCUCAGUUUGAAAUCAGGCUUGAAUGA